UCCAAAAAUACACACAAUAAAAGACGCCAACUUUGUUUUCGUUACACUCUCUCUUCACUCUCCCAACGGAACUUCCCAAGCUCUCCUCUCUUACUUUCAAAUACACAACCGUCUCUCAUUUCUGAUCGCGCUUUCUUUGGUUUUAGUCUGAAUCAGAGACCAAACGGUGGCGUAUUUUCUACUAUUAUUUUCUUUUUUGGUUAAUGCUUACUAUUGACGGCAAUGCAAGCGUCCACGUACGCAGGCAAACCGAGUGUCGCUUUUGAGGCUUUUAACCGGAGGAGAGUUUCUGAUUGUUUUGGUGACUUUAAGGGGAGAAGAAACUUAGCCCUGAAUGAUAGUAGUAUUUGCAUGAGAAGUAGGACCUCUUGCUGUGGAUUGCGUCUCGACGCUGCUACUAUGGGAGCUGAGCUCACGCGUGCGAGAUUUGCUGUCGAAAGUCUGUUCAGGUCAACGACGAAGUCACGACGAUCAGUUAGAACACAAGCCACUGAUGGAGACAUUGAAGAUGUUACUCCUAACAAGCUUCAGGAGAAAUCUUCUGGAGUGGUCUUGCCUUUUGUUGGGGUUGCUUGUCUGGGAGCUAUUUUAUUUGGUUACCAUCUGGGGGUUGUAAAUGGUGCUCUUGAAUACCUUGCCAAGGAUCUUGGGAUUGCUGAGAACACUGUCUUACAAGGAUGGAUUGUCAGCACACUACUUGCUGGUGCCACUGUUGGCUCUUUCACUGGAGGAGCAUUGGCUGACAAGUUUGGCAGAACAAGGACUUUUCAAUUAGAUGCAAUCCCUCUUGUGGUUGGAGCAUUUCUAUGUGCUACAGCCCAGAGUGUGCAGACUAUGAUAAUUGGUCGCUUGCUUGCUGGCGUUGGGAUAGGCAUCUCGUCAGCCAUUGUACCACUUUACAUAUCUGAGAUCUCACCUACUGAAAUUCGUGGUGCCCUUGGAUCAGUAAACCAACUUUUUAUAUGUAUUGGGAUUCUUGUAGCAUUGGUGGCUGGAUUACCUUUAGCUGGAAACCCAAUAUGGUGGAGGACAAUGUUUGGCAUUGCAGCUGUACCAUCUAUUUUAUUGGCACUAGGAAUGGGAUUUUCUCCUGAAAGUCCCCGGUGGCUUUUUCAGCAAGGAAAAAUUUCUGAUGCUGAAAAAGCUAUAAAGACGCUAUAUGGGAAAGAAAGGGUUGGUGAAGUUAUGCGUGAUCUAACAACAGCAGGUCAAGGUUCUGCAGAGCCAGAGGCAGGAUGGUUUGAUUUAUUUAGCAGCCGCUACUGGAAAGUUGUGAGUGUUGGUGCAUCACUUUUCUUGUUCCAACAAUUGGCUGGGAUUAAUGCUGUGGUAUAUUAUUCUACUUCCGUGUUCCGUAGUGCUGGAAUUGCAUCUGAUGUUGCAGCUAGUGCUCUUGUUGGGGCAGCAAAUGUCUUUGGAACUGCUAUUGCAUCCUCUUUGAUGGACAGACAGGGAAGGAAAAGCCUUCUGUUGACCAGCUUUAGUGGAAUGGCCGCUUCAAUGUUGCUGCUUUCCUUGUCUUUCUCAUGGAAAGUCCUGGCACCGUAUUCUGGCAUUCUUGCUGUUGUUGGGACUGUCCUCUAUGUCUUGUCCUUUUCACUUGGUGCUGGUCCUGUGCCUGCUCUUCUCCUGCCAGAGAUCUUUGCCUCAAGAAUCAGAGCUAAAGCAGUUGCUUUGUCAAUGGGCAUGCACUGGAUCUCCAACUUCGUCAUUGGCCUGUAUUUCUUAAGUGUUGUGAACAAGUUCGGUAUCAGCUCUGUCUACUUAGGUUUUUCAACAGUCUGUCUUCUCGCUGUCAUGUACAUAGCUGGCAAUGUUGUAGAAACAAAGGGACGAUCUUUGGAGGAGAUAGAGCUUGCUCUUAAUCCAGCAAUUUGAUUCUGAUCAUCCUAGAUGUUGCACAUGGUAAUAAUCUUGCGGCGGCUCCAUGAUACUGAGUCCUGAUCCUAGGAUUAGUAGUGUUUUUCAUCUGUAGAGUUUUCCUGUAUUCUGUUCGGACUUGGUAUGGCCGACUUGCUUGUUGAGCAUCAUUUUGCUUGGUUCUGCGUUAUGGUCAAAUGUAACUGCGUUCAGUUAUGUGAUGUUUCUGUAUGAAAUUCUAGACAUGAAGCACUACUGAAAGGUCACUGGAGCUGAGUGAUAUAUUAUACAACUGAGAUAUUUGUUGCU